CGGAAUGCACUGACGCUAGCACACCACGUCACUUCCUGUUUAAACAUGGCCGCGCACUGACAAAUGUCACGUUACUUCUGCUGCUGAAAACAUAUAGUUAUCAACGUUAAUUAUAUGAUCUGUCCAGCGAUUAAAAAGAAGGCGACACAAGAUUUUACUUUACUUCGUCCAACAUCCGCAGGAUAGUCCAGUCAACAUCAUGGUUCAUUUAUCAUCACUCCUGCUAAAGAAAUACCAUGGGGGUUACGUUGUCAUCCGAUUGGCUCUUGCAGGCCACAAACAAGCUAACAGACCCUUUUAUCGCAUUGUGGCAGCUUACAACAAAAGGGCAAGAGAUGGUAAAUAUAUAGAGCAGCUGGGUUCCUAUGACCCCCUCCCUAACAUAUACAACGAGAAACUUGUCAGCUUCAAUUUCGACCGAAUCAAGUACUGGAUCGGCUGUGGCGCACACCCUACAAAGCCAGUGGCCAAACUUCUAGGGUUGGCAGGAUUUUUCCCUCUGCACCCAAUGAUGAUAACUGAGGCAGAGCGUCGAAGAGCCCUAACGGAGCUGACAGCAACAGGAGCAGAAGAUGGUCUGCAGGAGGGACAGAAUGUGGCUUAAGUGUGAGAACUAAAGCUGGGGACUGUCUGUGACUGUCCCGUACAAAAAGAUAUCGUAGUUAUUUGGAGAGAGAACUGAUCAAUUUCUUUCCUAACUUGUUGGGUGGACUGCUUGUAGCAACGUCAGAUAUGGCAUACGGUAGUUAUAUUGCUUUAGUAGCAGCUAUGAACAAUUUAUAUAAAAACUGAUUCUCAAUAAAGUGUGCCAUAACAGGCAUAUGUUUGUA